UGCGGUUGCCAAGUUUGUUGUUGACGUUUACUUUGAAGAAGAGAUUUUUUUUUUUGGGGUAUGAAUUGUGAAAAUAGUGAUUUUCUCAUAAAAUUUUUAGAAAGAAACUGCUAAUCGAAGUCUAGUACUAGAUCAUUUAGAUCUAGUAGAAAUCGCUUUCAUGUUAAAAUCUAUACAGAAAGCCGUCUAAAAUGGCUUCCAAAAUCCAGAGCGUAAGCGCUCCUCGGGAGCCAGCUCCGGUCAUGAGUACCAGUUCAACCAUCCUCAACAUGAGGGAAAAAGAGAAGUACAUAGAAGAUUUCGAAUUCCCCUUCUGCGACGAGUCUUCCAAAUACGAAAAAGUCGCCAAAAUAGGCCAAGGAACCUUCGGAGAAGUGUUCAAAGCGCGAGCGAGGAAUAGCAGCAAAAAGUUCGUUGCGAUGAAAAAAGUUCUAAUGGACAACGAAAAAGAAGGUUUUCCAAUCACAGCGUUGCGUGAAAUUAAGAUAUUGCAACUUCUCAAGCACGAAAAUGUUGUGAAUUUAAUCGAAAUUUGCAGAACAAAGGCUACUUUACAUAAUAAGUACCGAUCGACUUUCUACUUAGUUUUUGACUUUUGCGAGCACGAUUUGGCGGGGCUACUGUCUAAUGUUAAUGUAAAAUUCAGUUUAGGAGAGAUUAAAAGGGUGAUGCAACAACUUUUGAAUGGACUAUACUAUAUACACAGCAAUAAAAUACUGCACAGGGACAUGAAAGCAGCCAAUGUGUUGAUAACAAAGAACGGAGUGUUGAAGUUGGCUGACUUUGGUUUGGCGAGAGCAUUCAGUGUGGCCAAGUCGGGACAAGCUAACAAAUACACUAACAGAGUUGUCACUUUAUGGUACCGGCCUCCAGAGCUAUUGUUAGGUGAUCGCAACUAUGGGCCUCCAGUGGACAUGUGGGGCGCAGGCUGCAUCAUGGCCGAGAUGUGGACUCGCUCACCUAUUAUGCAGGGUCCCACGGAGCAGCAGCAAUUGAUCCUCAUCUCCCAGCUGUGUGGUUCUUGCACACCGGACGUGUGGCCCGGUGUCGAGAGCUUGGAUCUCUACAACAAGAUGGAGCUGCCCAAGGGACAGAAGAGGAAGGUCAAGGAACGUCUGAAGCCCUAUGUGAAGGACCCUUACGGUUGUGAUUUGUUAGAUAAGCUGCUGCAACUAGACCCAGCAAAGAGGUACGAUGCAGACACAGCGUUGAACCACGACUUCUUCUGGACGGACCCCAUGCCGUGCGACCUGGCGAGCAUGCUCGCCCAGCACACGCAGAGCAUGUUCGAGUACCUGGCGCCGCCGCGCCGCCCCGGCCACCUGCGCCACCACCACCACGUGCCAGGGGUGCAGCCCAAGCCAGCUCAGCCCACGCAGGACUCGGGCUACCAGGACCGAGUGUUCUAGGAUGUGAUGUGACAGUGAUAGUGAUAGUGAUGUGAUGUGAUAGAUUGUGAUGGCACUACAGAGCCAGAUCCCGUAGCUAUUCACAUGUCGAUUCUCUUUCUACAAUCUCAAACGCUUCGAAAACUAGAAAAAAUUAAUAGGCUACUUGCCUCUUUUGUAAACAGUGUUUAAACUGAAUUAUGGAAGUACUAUAAGAUAUAUUUUAUUUUAUUCAGUCAAUAAUAAACAGUAAAAAAUUUAAUAGAAAUGAAAAAAUAUCUACGUAAAAUUUUUGCUGCCGUAACACAACACAUUAGCAAGUGACGUCAUUCAUAGAGAUAACAGCGUGAUUGGCGUUUGCAGUGAUGUGAUAUAUUACGUCACCGCAAGCGCCAAUCACAAACCUAUGCCUUGUAGCGAAUGACGUCACAGUUUAUGAUUGGCGUUUGCGGUGACUUGAUAAAAAUACAAUUUUGUUUUAUAAAAAUAUUACAAUUACGAGAUUAUUUUCACAAAUAAAAAUGUUACUAGAGUUUAUAGGCAUCUAAACUGUCUUCUUAGUUUUGCACAGAAGGCGAGUAGCCUAUUGAUAUGGGAAUGACAGAUCUUCUUCUUCUUCUAUUUCUUUCCUGUGCCUUUUCCGCACUUGGCCAUUAGUGGUUGGCCAUUGUAUGUAGGUCCAUUUGGUGCUGGUCUCCGCCGGAGCUCCUCCAACCAACCGACCUCGCUCCAGAAGCUUAGCAGAUAGUCCAGGUCACCAAAUGCCUCUUGGAUUGUUGCUGGGGAUCCAAUGUGUGCUGCACGUUGUUCAGAUCCACCUCUGCAUCUAAGCAUGAGCGCCAUGAUAGCCCAGUGGAUAUGACCUCUGCCUCCAAUUCCGAAAGGCGUGGGUUGGAAUUCAAUCUGGGGCAUGCACCACCUAUUUUUCAGUUGUGUGCAUUUUAAGAAAUUAAAUAUCACGCGUCACAAACGGUGAAGGAAAAACAUCGUGAGGAAACCUGCAUACCAGAGAAUUUUCCUAAUUCUCUGCGUGUGUGAAGUCUGCCAAUCCGCAUUGGGCCAGCAUGGCGGACUAUUGGCCUCAUUCUGAGAGGAGACUCGAGCUCAGCAGUGAGCCGAAUAUGGUUUGAUAAUGAUCUAAGCAUAAGAUGUAUUGGGGUUUCUUCUUCCUCCGUGCAUGCACUGCACAGAGGACUGUCGGUUAUACCUAAAAAGGUGUUCAUUUAUUAACCGACUUCAAAAAGGAGGAGGUUCUCAAUUCAGUCGGUAUUUUUUUUUUUUUUAUGUAUGUACACCGAUUACUCAAAGACGCCUGGACCGAUUUCAAAAAUUCUUUUUUUGUUUGAAACGGUAUAGUCCCCAUUGACCAUCCCAUAGCCAUGAGAAUAUCUUAUAGAUUUAGACUUUGCAGACAGUGUUGUUUCAUGUGGUCCUGUCAGAAAUGGCUUAAAUUAAUACAUCACCGGCUUAGCACCGCCUUCAUACUGAUCAGCAGGUAGAACAUAUUAUGAUGUUAUUUUUCACUUUUUAGUUUAGUGGGUACGUUUUUAGGUUUUGAAGUCAGUUGUAUUUUUUUUAUUAAAUUUUUUUUAUGACAGAUCUUGAUCACGUCACCUGUCGUUAAAAAUGUCAUUCGUAGAUAUCAUAGAAAGGGAAUCAAAGUGUUAGUUGGCUGCAGGCCCAGGCUCCUGACGCCCUCUGUAUGAUCUGGACUUCGGCCUACACCUAGGCCAGUGCCAAUACGUUCUUCAUGUUGGUCAACAAUGAGGCAAAUAUUGUGGUUGUAACCUCGUGAGUUUGAAAUGAUUUACUUUAUUACUAAUUAAUUGUACAAGAAAUAAAAAUAUAGUAAAAAUAUAGAGGAAAUAUUUGAUUGUUUGUUGGGAAGCUUAUAUAUUGUCCCCGUAUUCCCAUGGGAACGAGAACCACGCGGAUGAAACCGCGCGGCGUCUGCUAGAAUAAAAUAAAAGGAUUAAAUUCCUUUUAUUUAAAUUAUGUAUUAAUUAUAUUAAAUAUGGGAUGUAUUUUUAUAUUCAAUUGGGAUGUAAGUUCCUCGAACUAAAAUGGAUCUAAUCACUACUGUUCAAAGUUCACUUUACUUCGUAGACAAUGGGGAUGAUGACCAGGUUUGAAUGUAUUGAUUUUUAUGAUACAUUAGUGUAAAUAGGGUCUAUGUUAACUAAUUUAUACAUAAAAAUCCAGAUUGUCUGGAUAUUAUUUGCAAAAUAAAUAGAUUAAAAAAUUUCAAAAUCUAUUAAAAAUCUUUUAUCGUAAUUAGAUGAAAAUUCAUUUAGCUUCCUUACAUUAAAUGUGACAUUUUUUAAUAUGUGAACUAUAAAAAUAACAAAGACAACAAAUAACAAAGAUAUUAGUAAUUUUGUUUGAACGCCCAUACAAAUCUAACGAUCAUUAUGUACCUACGACGUCAUUAAUUCGUACCAUUUUGUAUAGGGCGUUUUUCAGGGAUCCGCGGCAGCACCGCAAAUCUGACCCUUUAAAUCCCUGUAGCUCCGAAAGUAAUGAUCGCAGAUACCCUGUUACUUUUACAAAAUUGCUUUACUAUUAGCGUACUCUUAAUUUAUAUACAAUUUAAAAAACUGUCAUCAUCCCUUUUGAAGUUUAAAUUGUAAUCCAAUAUGAAUGUGGGAGAUAAUGUUUAACUGUAUGAAGAUCACUGUUAUGUAUUAAGACCCUGUGAAUAUUCAUUCAUUGAUUCAUUAUUGUGAAUAACUUUAACUUGAUACCUCCACGUGUUCCUGAGAUGAAGAAUCUUGACUGACAACAUGAUAGUACAGGAGCCCGAGGUGCUAAAUUUGCAGUUACUAAAGCUUAAUUAGAAUCGAUGUGAUUUGAUAGAUUAGAUGAUAGAAAGAGUAAAUGGUUAUAUACUUUUUUUAAUGGGGGUGUAAUUUACACGUUUAGUACAUCAAGGGUGUUAGUGACGUCACAAAAUGAAUGACAUUUGACAUCCAUCAUCAGAAAUCCUUAACUUUUAAUAAUUGAUAUCAAUAUAUUAUUCGGACCCUUAUUCUAUGUAUUCAAUCAAUCAUCAAAGCCUUUAUUACUUCUUAACAAUAAAUUACAUAGUUAUUUUAAGUUUAUUUAUCCUAUACUAUUUGUGUUAGUGUGUUAGUUUAUUAAUAUUUAACAAAAUUGCGUAUACAUUUAUUUUUUUUACAAUUGUUUGUUCUUAAAUAAGUGUUAGAAGGUUAUAAUUGUUACGUAUGUUAGCAUAGUACUUAAUAAUUAUGUUAAGAAUCCCUCACUGGGUAUUACACGAAGUUAAUAUUAAAUUUGAUAUGAGUCAACUACCCUAUUUUUAUUACUUUGGCUCAUAAGGGUUUUAUUUUGUAACUUUGGAACCCUUCCAUUCCAUUACGUUACACCCAAAUCGUAAGUUUUUCGAAAAACAUGCUUAAAUGCAACUCACCUUAUCUUAAUCUAACGUGCUGGUUAAGUAUUUCUGAAGUUAGUUUUUUUUUUUUUGGUUGCCUUAAACGUGGCCACCAAUAUAAAGAGCUCAUACUUGGUGGAGGUACUGAACAACAUGCAAGGUUAUAAUUAUAGUUAUGUUCAUCUGCCGCGUUUGAGUAACUGCAAAAAUCCUCUCUUCGGCUCUCCAACUAUGAUGUUUUUGAUUGUACUGUGGUUAACAACAGAGGUCCUGGGUUCGAUUCCCAGAAAAGCAAACUUUUUCUUCCAAUUUAAAGCUGAAAUUAAAAUUUUCAAAGAGCUGUGAUGAUUUUAUUUAUGCGCCAUUUUUAAAAAGCACACUGUGACUUAGCGGUAAUGGUUAUUAUGCCAUUUUUAACUGUGUAAACAUUAGCAUUGUUAAAAUGUAAAAAAUGUUAAUAAAUAAACUUAUAUUAUAAUAA